UUACCAUUUAGUGUCGAAUUGCAAAUGGUAAGCGCCAUCUCGUUCGGUUGGUUUGUUGAUUAUGGAAAAACCCUAACCAUUAUUUAACGGUCAUCCCAACCGGUUUAUUCUGACAAAUGGUAAACACCCUACGUUUCCUGUUUCCUUGUAUGCUAUUCUUCGUCAGUUAUAUCUUCACUUGUCAUUGUGGAAUCAGUCAGGUCUUUUGCCUUAUAUUUAGGAUGUUUUCGUAACUAAGAGGACAUAUACAAAACGUAUGAGGGGACAUUCCAAAUGUAGCUCGUUCUCUUGAAGAUGAAACUUUGCAGGAAUUGUCAUGACAAUGAUCUACAUGUUAAUACAUGUUACCAGCGCCACCCCGGCCCAACGUUGCGCUAAGAAAAUCACAGUAAAUUACGUCGAUACAUUUGAAGUGACCUUAGCUUGCAGUGCAGGCGUAUACCAAUACAAUACCAUUUCAAACAAAAAGUAAAAUGACGCCUGAUGGCAUGUUACGUUAAUCUUCAGCACUUGUUCACUUGUUGCCCCUGCUUGUUGCCUAACUAAAGUGCGGGAGCUCUGGGAGCGAGAUUAGUCGACUGCAUGCCAGCGGCCUUAAAAUUGGCGCAUGCUCUCAAUUCUGUAAAAUGGCGGGAAAAUUCUUCGUUUGCUUCUUGAAACUUCGGUAGUCAUGUUUUGGUUGAGUUUUGGCUGAAUUUGUUCCGUUAAUCAUGCCCGCUCAAGCAGCCAGUAGUGAUUCAAGCGAUGUUGGUAGCAAGUAUAGCCAUUUGCUCCAGCCGAUCCGUGAUCUGACCAAGAACUGGGACGUAGAUGUCGCGGCUCAACUCGAGGAGUAUCUGGCAGAGAUCGAAAGGAUCAAAAUAUCUUUUGAUGGAGGAAAGACAACUAUGAAUUUUGCUGAAGCUGCUCUGGUGAUCCAAGGAUCAGCUUGUGUCUACAGUAAGAAGGUGGAGUAUUUGUACACACUGGUAUAUCAGACACUGGAUCUCAUAGCAAGUAAAAAACGACUUCAGCAAGCAUCUUCAGUUGAUGAUCAGGGAAAAGACAAAGAUGCAUCUUUCACAGAUGAUGCCGCUGAGUUUCUCUUGCUAGAUGACAUAAAAGAAGCUAAAAAUAUUGACUUGAAGGAAGAUGAAGAUGACCCUCAAAGAGAGGCCUCAAAUAUUGUGCCCAGGACUCCUCUGGCUUUAGUUCCCUUGGGAGAGAAGGACAAGGAAGAUGUGCUGUUAAGCCGCACUGGCGAAGUCCUUGGAAGUCGGAAUGAUUUUAAGAUGAACACAUGUGCCAUCCAUGCAUCGGGGACCCUUCUUCUUGACUUGACACACCUGUCAUUGUUAGACGGCUCCUUUAAACGGCUGAUGACUUCUACUCCCGCAGCUAUGCAAGAUCCUCAACCUGGAACUAAUGAUCAAAGAUCUAAUCAAGUCGUUACAGAUGCUGUGGCAAAUGCUGACGAUUUGAAUCUACCUGGUGAGGAUAGUUGUUCUUUUCUUCGAAAAAAUAUCUUUAAUGCAAGAACUUAUAAACACUGGCAGACUGGUCCAAGUGACAAUUCUCCUUUUAACAUUUUGUGUUUNGAGACUAUUGAGCCAAUGGCAUUAGAUGGUCCUGCAGAAGGUGUAGUUAUUUCAAGUUAUGAAGAAAUGGUUCGACAAUAUGUGGAGGGCUACCUUACAGAAGCACAACAGUAUGCACAGGAGACAGAAUUAAGCAGGAGAGUCAGAGAUUGGGAAGAAAGAAUUGUUCCAGUGUUAGCACAAGAGGAUACCCAUAGGCCAUUUGAUAUUCAUAAGUAUGGUGAAGAAAUACUACACUCAUUUAAAGGAAAAUGUAAUCAAGAUUUCAAAGCACUAGCCAAUAAAAAGGAACCAUUUGAGAUCUGCAGGUUGUUUUUAGCCACAUUACAGCUGGCAAACAAUUACAAUGUGGAGAUUUCAGCUGAUGGAGUUGGAGAAGAAGCAGUUGACACUAUGAGACUAAAACUUUUAAAAACAACUCCAGGAAAUCAGGCUAUUGCUACUUUUGGAGGACACACUUCAACAUGAUAUUUGUCAAAUCUAGGAUAUUUUUAAAAUACUGUAAUAAUUGAAGUGAUUUGAUAUGGACAAAGUAGUGCUAUGAAGGAAAUUCUACUACAACUUUCCUUAUCCCUUCACUUCAAUAACAGUUACAAUUAGUCUGUUUUAACAGUGGUUGAUAUUACUUUUAUCCAGUAGUUUAAGACUGAUCACUUGAGUUGCAUGCAUCAAGCUUGUUGGUUUUAAAACUACUUUCAAUUUCUCCUGUCCACAUUCAUAUUUUUAAUUUAAACCAAUGAUUCUUACUUUUACAUACAUUAAUCGGGAUCAAAUCAACAAAUAGAUCCAAGAAAAUUUAAUUUUAUUAAUUUAAAACAACUUCUGUGUGAGACUGUGAAUUAGAUAGUGUCAAGCUUGUGCUAUAGAGUCAGAUUCAACUGGGUUGCGUUCAAAUGUUUUGUUUUUACUCUAAAGUGACUUGGUGGCUCUUGUAAUAAAAGUUUCUGGCUCUUGUAAUAGAAGUUUUACAUCUAACAUUCAUGUUCUAAUGUGCACCAGCAUGCCACAGUAAUAUCACAAAUCACUGAUGUAUCACAUGAAGGUCUCACUUACAAACUGCACUGUCAACAAUGUUCUCAUGAAAUAUAUUUAAAGUGAGACCCUGUGAAAGGAAAAUUAAUGGAAAGAGGUCACUCGACUCUUCAUUUUGCAAGUUUUAGUCGGGGAAACUUGGUUUUCUCUAUAGCAGGCAAACCUACCCUGUGAGUAGAGGCACUUCUUCCCAAGAUCAGUGGCAUGGUACAUUUGAUCAUGUUGAUUUGUGAUAACAGGGUAAAAGGAGCUUAUAUUGUAAAUCAGAAGCUUAUCACCCAUUCACAGUGAUUAGCUUCUGUGUAAAUACAUGUACAGUGUUUAUGUAAGUACAGACUUCCAACCUUUUCACUCACUAUUUGCUUGGCAAAUACAAGGACAUGAACAUAAGAUCUGGAAGAACUUUACUGACGUAGAAUCAGAAUGAUCUCGUGUUUGUAAGCUUCAUACAUGUACCACUGUUGUAGGUAUUACCAAGCCACCUCAACACAGCAGUGAAAUAAACUAAAAGAUUACUGAUAAUACUUGCCUGUUUAAAUGUGUAAGAAUACUCUUUUUGAGCCUUGUAUGCAUGUAACUGCAGUUUUUCAUCUAUAUAAGAAGUAGCAGAUGGUAAAUCUAACAUGACUGCCUGUAAUGAAAGGCAUCUUGCCUGUUGUUAUGGGCCGAGUGGCCCAGAGCUACCAGCACUUUUGGUAUUCAAAUCAUGAUUUGGCAAAUCUGUACGCCAUGCAGAGAAACUAACUUCCUUUAUAUUACUGGAACAUUCUUUCCCCGGCAAAUUGGCAUGUUGAGAAAAUAAUAGACAGUUCUUGGCUUUGCCUUAAUUUCCAACUGAAUUUCUCAGUAUACUGCAUAAUGGCUUUUGACAGAACUUCAUGGCAUCCACUUCAAAUUAAGUCUUACCCAUAAUAAAUCAAAUUGGACUUCUACCAUGCAAUUGUCCAUUUUUAUUUCUCUUUGCUAUAUUAGACCUACCAUAGUUAGAAUCCUUUCAUGCACUAUACAUCUUUGCCAAUUCUCCCAUUAUAUGGAUACAGACCAAAUCUUGCACUCUCCUGUACUGGUCACCAAAUCUUCCAGAUACAAAGAAAAGCUCUUAAAGUACAUUUUUCACACCUUGGGCAAUAUUUCUGGCAUUUUCAGAGGAAAAUUUGGGAAUAUUUGAUGCAUUUUUGUGGUUGAAUCGGUGGAGUUCUACUUUUAACAAUGUUUUUAGGGGCACGAAGGGAAAAAAGCAAUCUCCCAGUUUUCAUUAUUUUUAGGUUUGCAUCUCAUCCUAUACGUUACAAAUAAAUUUAUUAUCUGACAUAAAAAAACCAGCUAAAGAGGACCACUAACUAGAAUAUGUCGGUUACCAGCCUAAUAAUUUCCAGGGGCAGGACUGAGUAAAGUUUCUGCAGCUCUUUUUCAAUCAUAAAGGCAUAUUUCAGAUAUUUGAUGCUAAAUCUCUCAUUACCCGCUUCUGCUAAGGACCAUCUAGGAGAAUAUUGGUCCUCAGCCCUUUCUGUAAGGAAACCACUGGGCUCCAUGGGCCAUUAUUCUCCCAUUACAGCUAUAGUAUUUUGUAAAAUUAAUAAGGUAACUUGAUGAUGGCAACACUUACCUUAUAUAAUACAUCAACACCUGACUUCAAGGAAAUUUUGGCACUACUGU